AUGACAGAAAAGCCCAUCAAAGGACUGACUACUGUGGUCCCACAUGUAGAGCCUGCAGCUCCUCAAAUCCCAAACCAAGCCAAAACGAAAAGAUUCAGUCUGGUGCCUAAGAACGCGGACCGACGCGUCACUAUUCGACCUUACGAAAGCUUCAGGUCGAGAUGGAAGAAAGUCUCAAUUCGAAAUUGUUUAUUUCAGAGAGCGGAAUGAGAAAGAAACGUCAAAAAGCUACACAUUUGGGUACGCUUCGCUGAGCGCCGAUUCCGAAGGACGACGACAGAGUCUCGAGGAAGAAGGUUCCUUUUUUCAAAUUACUGAAGCGCGAGAAGAAACUGAUAAUGAUCAAUUUGAAGAGCUCAAGGAUUGAAUUUGGAAUGUGAAAAAUUAAGAAAGUUCGUCAGCUUUUUAAAAGGCAAAGAAAAUUUAAAUUUAAUCCGUCGUCUUUUUUUCAAAGUUAGUUUGAUAUCUAUGCGCCUUUGACAUAAUUUAAUCAUUGAAAGCAUCCGAUUGAUAUACAACAAGCCUAGAAAAAACUUGUCGAUUCUUAGAUAUUUUCGCGGAUGGCUUGAGACAGCGAACGGGCGGUUUAAUUUUCGCGGCGAAAGUAGAUCAUGGCGACUAUCUAUGCGCCUUCCAUAAAAGCCCCAUUUUAUGACUUAUUUAUUUUUCACUUAUUAUUUGUCAAUUAAAAAAAAAUCUAAAACCCAAUAUAAUGAAUGUAAGAAAUAAUAUAAAAACACAGAAAUAAUUCACCAAAUGAGGCUCUUAUUAAAGGCGCAUGUAUGACCGUCAUGACCUACCAACGCCGCGCAAGUUAAACUGCCCGUUCGCUGUCCCAAGCCAGCCGUGAACGGGCUAUACGCACCCGCCUACCGUAACCCGACUACGGUUGGAGGAAAUGGCUCAAAAAGUUAUUUCCGCAAUCCUGACGUCAUUUGAUAACACUAGUUGAAAUUUCAUCAAAAUCAAAAAAUAUUAUUUUUUUCUUCUGUACCCGCUGAUUACGAACUUGAAUGAUAAAUAAAACAUUUUUGACAUUUUUUUUUUAUAUCUUAAUUUACUCCGAAACGAGGAAGCAAAUAGUGAUUCCAGAAGAGCGUUCGGACUCACCAACUCCCUCAGUCUUCUCAAUUUACGGAGAAGAAGUCGGCCCAUCGACGUCAUGCGAACAGCCGGUCGGCGUCCAGGCGGACCUCUUCAUCUCUUCCCUAGAGGAGAAGGUUUUGGUUCAAUUGAAGAAGUUCAUCGAGAACACUCCGCGAGAAGAACACAUGUACUUCGUUUGGAUCAAGGACUCCAAGACGAAAAAAGUACCCAGAACUGAGAACUUGAAAACCUAACAAGGUGAUUUUAGAUAACGGUAUUAUCGCUGAAAACUCUGGAAAACCACCUGAAGAACGACAGCCGGGUUCGGCGAGUCAAGUGGCGUCAUUUAUCCACAGAACGUGUCUCGAUAUACCGUUAUAGCAUACCGGCGAUCACUUAUGAGGUUGGAAUUUUCGCCGUAAAGCUUUUAAAAAUAUCAACAUUUGUUCCUCGGUAUUUUGGUUAUAUCAUGCAAUUUUUUUUAAAUGUAUAGUCGAUAAUAUGUAAUGAACUCCUCAGACAAAAAUUUUUAAACCUUUUUGAACUUUAAGAAUUGGAAAAAAAAGUUUUUCUAGUUAAUAAAUAAUUCUGCUUUUUUUAAUUAUAACGUUCUUUUUAUUUUUGAAGAGGACCUUCCCAGAAAAGAAAGCAUUGAAAAGGCGUCAGAAGAUCUUUCAAAAAGAAUUUUUAUAAGCUUCUUCUGAACUUAGCUCAUGAAGCGCUUUCAAAAAAAAAAAACACCCCCAGGUUCUCUGAAAAAAAAUUUCAUCAUUAGAUUAUCGAACCUUCAUUUUUCAGAACUCCCGAAGGUGUCGAGAGUGCGUCUGCCGUCACAAGAAGCUUUGUCUGCUUUUCGUUUGGCUCUCCUUCGUACUGUUCCUGUGCCUCGUCGUGGUUCUCGGCUCGCUUUCUCCUGAUGACAAAACUCAUCCAUUUGUUCAUUACCAUCCACGCAACACCACUACGCCCAGUACUAUCAACUCCAUUGUACCCACCCAUCCGUCUAUAGCAUCGUAG